GAAGCUAGAAUACGAAGCUGUUGUGUUGCAUGCCGUUUUUUUUUUUGUCCAGUUGUCCUUCGGACGCUUGAGUUAAAAGACGAGAUUGUGACGGCCUCCGUUGUGUCCUUCACAAACGUUCAAAUUGAAUGCAGUGUAAGAAUGGGGGAGGGGGGGGGGGGGGGAACAAAUCACCUUUUGAUUCAAGAGCCUCGACAGCACAAAACUUGAUGUCGAGAGCGGCAAAUGUUAUUUUUUACACAGCCUGGCAACCGCCGCCCGUCACUACACGCGCUGCGAAAAUGCGGCGGAAAGGAAACGCGAGAUUGAUUGCGACGACGUGCGGACGCGAGAACAAGAAUGAACUGACUGAGGUUGAAGCACAAAUGUCAAGUCAACGCCAAAAGAAGUGUUGCACAUUUCCCAGCAAUCUUUUUUUUGUUGUUGUUUUCGUAGAAUGUCUCUCUUAACUCCAAUCAUGCAAAUAACACUGUUACUGUUGUACAUAAUUUCCCUGGCCUGAUGCCAAUUAAUUUAUUUUUCUUUUUUGGGGGGGUUGGGGGGUCCAAAAAGAUGUUAAGUCACACGUUUGUUGUCGACUCCCGAGUGAGGUGUACGUGUGAAAAAGACUGCAUGAUGUGCACUAUACUGUAUGAACUGUAUAUAUGUCCAUACAGUUUUUUUUUUUUUGUGUAAUAUGAACACUGUGAGUGAGGGUUUUUUUUUUUUUUCUUUAAUUUUUUUUGUGCACAAGCCACCGUUGUUUUUUCGGUACACCGCUCAUAACAUUCGGAGUAACGUCCACAACGCUCUCUUUCACAGUUGGAAAUUUUGUUUAGAAACUUGUCUUCAUGUAUGCAUUUAUGACGUCUUAUUAAAUCUUAACGUUUUUGUCAUGAUUUGGAAAAAAAUAAUAAUAAAUGAUGCAAAACUCUUACAUAAUUACCGAAUACGUUUGCACAUGCUGUCUCGACCUAGGUUUCGGAUCAUCGUGUUGCUUUCAUUCUGUCGUUCUGCUGGUGUCCGUGUGAGUAUUAAUGUUGAUUAAAAUCAUUUUACAGGCUUUAGAACGUCUUGUCUGUUUACGUGUUUGAGGAAAUUUUAGCGGAGCCUCCAUGUUUUAUGUUUUCGCUAAAUGUUUUCAUAAUGCCAGUACGUAGUCGACAUAAGUUAACAUCUGUUUUAUAAAGUACAACUACACACGGUGAAGACUGAAGCGCUACCAGCUAGCACGCUUAACCACCAGAUGGCACUAAAAACAGCUCGAAAGAAGCUCGAGUUUGUGCGGUUCCCGUCCCACAUGCAAAGAGGGGAGGGGAAGGUGCGGUUUGUGCAAUGCGCGAGGACGCACCGUUCAAGCAGGAGUUGAAAAGACAAGCAGAGCUCGCUGCAAGAAGCUUUCUGUGCAGAAGAAAGACAGAGAGAGAGAAAGAGUGACAAUGGACAGUGCCUUUGACAAGCUGGACGCUUCUGGUUUCUUGGAAAUUUGGCAGCACUUUGAUGCGGACGACAACGGCUACAUUGAGGGCAAGGAGCUGGAUGAGUUUUUCCGUCACAUGAUGAAGAGACUGGGCCCACAGGAGAAAGCGACUGAAGAGCGAGUCCAGAGGCUGAAGCAGAGGUUCAUGUCCGCCUACGACGUCUCCGCUGAUGGCAAACUCCAGAUCCAGGAGCUGGCUCACAUGAUCCUACCCGAGAAGGAGAACUUCCUGCUGAUCUUUCGCCGAGAAGCUCCCCUUGACAACAGCGUCGACUUCAUGCAGAUCUGGAGGAAAUACGACGUGGACUGCAGCGGCUACAUUUCGGCUCAGGAGCUGAAGGCUUUCCUGAAAGACCUGUUCCAACAGCACGGGAGGAAAGUGUCACCUGACAAGCUGGAGGACUACACGGACACGAUGAUGAAAAUCUUCGACAAGAACAAGGAUGGCCGUUUGGAUCUGAAUGACUUGGCCAGGAUCUUGGCUUUGGAAGAGAAUUUCCUGCUCCAGUUCGAGUUGGGAGCGGGCAGUAAAGAGGAGAGGAAGCGAGACUUUGAGAAGAUUUUUGAUCAUUAUGACAAAAGCAAAACGGGCGCACUGGAAGGCGCCGAGGUGGACGGUUUCGUCAAAGACAUGAUGGAGCUGGUCCGGCCCAACCUGACUGGUCCCGAUCUGGACAGGCUGCGGGAAGUUUUGUUGCGCCACUCCGACGUCAACAAGGACGGCAAGAUUCAGAAAAACGAGCUGGCGCUGUGUCUGGGGGUCAAGCAGACGCCUUGACUGCGUCGCCGCCGUCGACGUGUUCGAUUCCCAAAAAGCAUGAAUGUCGUGUACGUGACGCAGAAACGGAACACGCGGUCCGCGCGGGUUCUGGAUCGAUCGUCGAAGUUUCUCUGUGGUCAAUUGAACGCGUUGUUAUACUGUUAAAGUGAAAAACAAAAAAUAUGUAUUGUGCAUGUUAAAAUACGACUUCGGUCAUGCAAAGUGAAUGUUUCUGGUUCAAAGUAGAAUUCUUUGUCACCACUUAUUAAAAAAAAAAAAAAAUGCAAAAGGGUCCAAGACUUGAUGACGAAAGGCUAUCAGAACAUCAUCCGUCGGGCUGCUAUGCGCACUUGAGUGAACGGAACAUUUGACCAGGCCUUUUGCGAACACGAUGAGUGCAACCGGCCCGCUUGUUUGUUCUGACCUGCUCCAGGCACUAAAAGGCGCUAAUGGGAUGGAUGGACUUAAAUGCUUAAGUACCGCGCCCGCUU